CCUGCCCCCGACGCUAAAAAGCUUGUCUGCAACAAGCAUCCACUCAAUUAUCAUUGCAUCAAUUGACCUUGAGUACCGGAUGAUGCUUCUGUCGCACACGCCCUCUCGUUUCAGCCUGUCCCUCUUCAACACCGCUUCGUGCUCGUUUCUCGCCCAGUCAUAUCAUGCUCACCUUGACUCACACCGCUGCUCUGUGCAAUCUCGCCAGUGCUACUCGGUACAAAACCAAGCAUCUGACACUGGCGAUCCAUUCCCCGCAAGCAAAGGCGCCAAGGAAAUUGGCGCAUACGUCAUAUUCACAGGUACAGCACAAGAGCUUUUGUCUUUCCGUUGACAUGUUGGAGCUAUAAAAUACCUGAAGCUGGCCAAGCCGGAUGCAACCGAAGGGGGCGCAGUCAUCUCACUUAGUACCGUACACAGCCCCAAACAGAUCGUCGUUUUGUCAAACCCCCACCCAAACUUCCUGCAAGUCAUGCCAACUGAGCUCGUUUGGGGUAUCACGAUGACCGUGCAGAGAAGAGACAACUUUCACCACUGGGCAGGCAGCAGAUCAAAGGAGCAAUGCAGGGUGGCAAUAAGCAUAAAUGCGAUUGAGUUGAUGGAAAAGAGCUUGGUGAAAUGGCUGUGUCUUCAAGGUCAACUGCUCUCUACUUGUAGGAUACUAUCAUCGACCUGAGGGCUUCGAUCCACAAACCCAGCUAAGAUGAGAGCUCCACCCCGCUUCCGUGAAUAAAACAUGUGCUGAGACGCAACUUCUUGGUGGCUGCACUUGUUUCUUUGUCGCGUACAUUUGAUCUACGUUUCUGUGAGAGUACGAUGAGCCAAGAUCUAGAUGGCCUUUCCUCAGAUUUCAGGAACACCUUCGAGCCAGACGAGAGCACUUUGCUGAAUGAUGCGACUGCAAGUUUUAGGACUGAGACAGAUACUGAGCACGAGAGCGAAUGGCCUCAACCCUCCAUCUUCAUCACCCUGCAUCGCAUAAGGAAAUUUGUAUUGGCAAGCAUAGAUGAUCCCUACUCUCUGGAACAGCUGAAGAGUCCACGAGUCAACCACCUCAUUGUCCGUCCGCUAGUAGAGCGUCUGUAUGAUGAGAAUGACUACUCCAUUGUCUACUGUCUUCUCGCAAACCGAGUACAGUUCCUACGCGAACAGUCCAGCGUCAUCGACCAGAGCACCAGCAUAGCGCGCGCAACAUUAUGCGAGCUCUUAGCUAUCAAGAUUCUGCGCAACUUUCACGAUGAUAAUCCAGGUCUAGACGGUCUCUUGCUACUCUCCAAGAUGCUGGUCCAGGGCUUUGAUCCCUUCCAUGGCGCUCCUCCUGAAGUUGAACAGUACGGGCGCUAUCCGCAAUGGCCGAUUCAGAAGCGUGGUGGCCAUGAGAGGAAGCUGACAGCACUCGAACUCGCCAUCAUAUCCGAGAGCAAGAAUUUUGUCAGUUCUUCGGGGUGUAGACGAGUGAUUGAUGCAGUGUAUCGUGGCCAGAUCGUCUACACCCCUCUGUCGUUUGUUGAUAUACUCCCAAACCAUUAUGAGUAUCUCCCUGUGUCUUUAUAUGAGCCGCGAAAGGCACCGCUGCUUGACCAUCACCGUCUCGUGGUUCCGCGCACCCGGUACAUGAUCGAGCUAGUGCACUACAUCAUCCUUACUCUUCUGUAUGUUUACACGAUGCAGUAUCGUGAUCCUGAGAACUUGACUGGAAAUGAGGUUGUUUUCAUUCUCUAUUCUGCUGGUUGGGUACUCCAUGAACUUGCUGCCAUCAUUGAGCAUGGAUGGAUGAUUCACUCACAGACGUUAUGGUCGUUCUUGGAUCUCUCAUACACGGUCAUCUUUAUGGCGUACAUUACUGAUCGGGCAUAUGAGCUGGCUGUAAGCAGCGUGCAGAAUGGCAUGGCACAUAACAUACUCUGUCUCGCAGCUCCAAUUCUUCUGACCCGACUGGCCUUCAACAUCUUGCCAGACCAUAUCGUCUUCAUUUCACUGCACGCCAUGAUGAAAGAGUUUCUGAUCCUCACAUUUCUCGCGAUAUGGUGUUUCACAGGGUUCCUGUUAGCGCUGCAGUGGCUUUCUCCAGGGGAAGGGUCCAUUCCGGACGAUUUCACCAUCAUCAAAUGGCUACUGUGGAUCUGGUUCGGACUGGAUGGAACAGGAAUUGAGGAAUCCAUACAGUUUCAUGCCAUUCUGGGUCCGGCACUGACAAUCGCGUUUGCCUUUCUCGGCAACACUCUAUUUCUCACCAUCCUUGUUUCACUCCUCACCAACCGGUUCAGCACCAUCGUCACAUCUGAGGAUGUUGAGAUCCAGUUCCGAAAAACCGUCCUCACGUUUGAAGGCGUGAAAAGCGAUGCGAUCUUUGCAUAUCCACCACCCUUCAACCUAUUUGCUCUGCUGAUACUGCUUCCUAUCAAACCAUUCCUGUCGCCGCUCGAGUUCUACUCGAUCCACGUGUUUCUCGCACGACUUGUUAAUGCACCUCUUUUAUUUUGCGUUGGCUUCUAUGAGCGUCGACGCCUAUGGACUUUUGGACCAGACGCAGCAAAAGUUUCGAGAAUGUGGAAGUUCACGGGUUUCUCUCCGCACGGUGACAUACAGGCUGUGUUUGAAGUUGAAGCCCCGGCGGAAGUUUUGCGAGAGGCUGAUGAAUUGGAUGGCUUGAGCGAAAUGGGCUUUUCUGAUGGUGAUGCCGUAUCAAGACUUUCUCGAGAAAGGGAAAUAAGAGCACCGGUUGUAUUUAGUCUGAGCAAUGCAGGGACAUGGUCUCCAGGACAAGCACCCGUAGUUUGAUCCUGCUACAUAGAUAUCGUGUUUUCCGUGUCUACCCAAACCAUCUUUCCCUCAAACCACGUCUUCAGAACUUUCGCUCCAUCAAAGUCACCACGACUCAAAUCCCGAUCAACAGCAAUAAAAUUCGCCUUCUUUCCUAUCUCAAUACUUCCCAUCUCUGAACCCUUUCCUACAGCCUCAGCACCUGCUUGCGUUAUGAUACGGCAUAUCUUUGCACCUCCAACCUCUUUCGCAGUCUUGCCCUCUUCUGUACCAAAGCGCUCCACG